AUGGGUAACGGGUCUGGCCAGUGGCCACUAUCUGAAGUGAGCCCCAUGGCCCAGAGGCGCAAUUCGCCUAGCUGGAACCAAGUUACUAAGCAGGUGCCGCAUGGCGAAUCGCCUGCAUACGAUGUCUCGUCUCUGAAUAACAAUGCCUCCCCACGCCUGUUUUGGAAAGGCCGUGACUCUCCAUCGCCGUUUCCCAAGGGAUCCGAGAAUAAAGCGCCAUAUGAUCCAGAGGGGUGUUAUUUCCCCUCCAAACGCCCGUCGCUCGAAAAUUUGAAACGCGUGUCUAAGGUCAAAAAUCACAGCAUGUUCCUCGAAGGUAGCCAAGAAUAUGACCCGGCCUCAGUGGUCUUCCCCCAGAGACCUUUGGCGUCGGAGAGGACUCCGCAACGAGAGAGCCAAAUGAAUGUUGCCAAGUCCCAAUUCGAUGAAGAUACCACCCCGACUUCUCGGCCGUCAUCCCCGAGCAAAGAUCAAGCAUCUCCAAGCAAGUCUUCGUUGUCUAAAGGCAGCCGGUACGGCAAGGGAUUUGAUCCUCAGAAUGAUAUCUGGUCUGAGUAUGGCAGCGCUGGGCAUCGGCAUGCAAAGAGUGUCACAUUUGACCAUGCUCCUCCUCAAAUCAAUGAAUAUGAAAUGACGACCCCGGAUCUUUCCUCAGUUGCCUCUGAGUCACGAGAAAACAGCUACGAAUCCGAGGAAGAGGAGGAUCUUAGUUUCGAGGCUGAGUCAUCCAUUGAGCGUGAUGAUAGCUUUGACGCCUCACUGGAAGAUAUCGAGAAGACCCCUGUUGUGUUGCCUGAAGACUGGCGUUUUAUGAGCCCCAGCACAAACAGUGAUGGCGAUCCCUUCAUCGAAGACGUUGAAGAAGAGAGUAUCGAGGACCGACCUAUCUCACGUGAAGGUGGAUCUUCUCAGCACACGCGCGUCGAAUCGCUGGACUCGAAUGGUGAGAGACGUCCUCUCCCACCUUUGCCAUCGGUGAAUCGCAUUUCAGGUGCGCGUCCGUCCUCGGCCGGUAAGCUCGCUGCUGCCUUUGAGCUUGGUAGCGCAGGACAGCGUGUGCUCCCUGCCCCCCCUGGUCCUGCACUGUUUUCGAAGUCUGAUAUUCCCGGCGCUGUGUCCCUAGAAGAGAGACUCCGUCUCAUGAGGCUGCAGGGGGGAGAUGACGAUGAGACACAUGAUGACCACAUAGACAACAUUGAGGAACCAUUGGAGCUUCCUAGAGUAGACGAAAGCAUUGCCUCAAAGGAUGAUACACUUACCGACGACGAGGCCAAAGAAAACUUCUUUUCUCCGCCUCGAAUUUCUCGCGACUCAAUCUUGCGAGGAAUUCGCCAGGGUGACAAUUAUGAGGAUGACAGCUUUGAUGACUCUUCCCAAGUUGCUUCCAGCCCCCAACAUUAUGACCAUUAUGAUCCCGAUGUCCCCAUUCCAUCCAUGGAAACAGACGACGAUGACUCCUCCAGUGUAAUAAUUAAACAGGAAGAGCACGAUGAAGACCUCUACUCUAUCACGGAUUAUUACCAGAACAAGUCAGACAAUAGUUUGUCGUCCCAUGACCAACGUGCUAAGUACGACGAGGACAGCAAUUACUCGCUACGCUCUGCUGCCGAAGCCGCCGAGCGUGAACACGCCGGACAUGGAAAUCACAAACAGGAGUCUCAACAAACUACCCCUCAUGCUGAAACCCCGGCCGACGCCGAAAAGACCGCACAGACAAAAGAGGAUGCCCCCCAAGAUCAAUCCUUCGAUAUGGCGUCUAUCCGUCAGUCUCUUGCACGCCCUCUGACCCCCGAAACGCAGCAAGACCAAGACUCUGAGCCCUCCACUCCAGACUCCGUCAUUCGUCAUCCGAUCGAGGACGACGAUGGCGAAGAAGAAGGAGGAGAGGAGGAAGAAGAAGAAGAAGAAGAAGAAGAAGAAGAAGAAGAAGAAGAAGAAAGAGAGAAGGACCAGGAGCUGGAGCCGGAGCAUGAUGAGAGCUCAUCCGACGAGUCUGUUCCCGAACCUAUUGCCACAAUUCGAGCUCCUGGUGCUGGACUUAAGACCCGACCUUCCCUAACACCUGCGGAUUUGCAGUCCAUGGCUGCUACCCGUCGUCAGAUCAGUGGCCAACACGCUCCACCCGUUCCCUCAUUGACCAAGCAGAUCUCCAAUGACUCGAAUCCGUCGGAUGGUGAAAAUAAUCAGACCGGGCUGCCACCGAAGUUGGCAUUGCCUACGGAUGUUUCCCAGCGACAGAGCAGUUGUUUGAAGCUUGACAUUCCCUUCAGCAUUCAGGAAGAGAGCCUUGGCUUUGGACUGGACAAGGAGUUUGAUCGUGUUAUUGAAUCCCAAAAGGUUGCGUUUCACCAAGCCCUUUCCCAAGCCCCCGGUUCUGUGCCGCCUGCCCAGGCAAUAGCACCAAGUUAUACUGGAACCCUAAGAAAUAAUGCGCAUCCCGCUGACUCUUUUACCCCCAAACAGAGAGGAUACCUCAUGAGACAGAACACCAAAGUUAUCAUUGCCAGCAGUCGCAACGAAGAAGAAGCCGUGCCUUCUUCCGACCAGACUGCCCCAGACCCCCGCGGUACACGUUCUGCUGGGUCUUCUCCGCGCAAAGCUAGCCAGCAGACCUGGACCACAGUCCCUUGGAAUAGUUCAGCGCGCCGCUCCAGUAUCAAGGCUGCCACCGGUAUCCCGAAGAAAAAGCCCGUCCCUGGUGCAGGUGGAGUCCCCCUCUCCCUGGACAGCCCAGCAAUGUUCAGGAGGCCCCUCCGACCAUUGAAGAAAACGAGCCAACUAUCUCUGAAUCGUUCGAAGAUGGCGAAGAGCGCGGGCGUUUGUGAACGGUCAUACUUUGCACUGACCUUGGAUAACGGGCUACACUGUGUUACCACCUCCUGGCUGGAAAUGGGCAAGUCGGCUCCCAUUGGACAGGAGUUCGAACUCAUUGUCCAGAAUGACCUCGAGUUCCAGUUGACCCUGCAAAUGAAGAUUGACGAGAGCAAGUUCCAAACCCAAGAACCCGCAUCCUCCCCAUCACGUCAAAAGGCGUCGGCCCUCAGUCGUGUGUUUGCAUCCCCACGCCGGCGCAAGGAGCUUGAUAUAAAGCAACAAAUGCAGUCCCAGGAACAGAAGGCCAAGGACGUCAAUGCCCCUGUAUAUGAACGGCUUCGGAACUUAGUUGCGCGUGAUGGUAGCUUCGGCCGCGCAUAUGUGGCUUUGAGCGACCACGAGGAACAGGCCUUCGGCCGUCCCCACAUUGUUGAUGUUGCCUGCUUCAAUGAGUGGGCAGUCGAGGAACAAAUGAGCAGCGUCAAAAGCAAGAAGAGUGCAACUAGCAUCACUACACAGCGCCGACCACCAUACAAGAUUGGAAAAUUGGAAGUGCAGCUUCUCUUCGUGCCUAAGCCUAAGGGUAGCAAGGAUGAGGACAUGCCGAAGAGCAUGAAUGCCUGCAUUCGUGAAAUGCGUGAUGCCGAGAGUGUUACAGCUCGCUCCUGGGAAGGAUUCCUUUCUCAACAGGGUGGAGAUUGUCCAUUUUGGCGCCGUCGCUUCUUUAAGCUUCAGGGAUCCAAGUUAACGGCCUUCCACGAAACAACGCGCCAACCUCGUGCCACGAUCAACCUAGCCAAGGCUUCCAAGCUUAUUGACGACCGAUCUUCUCUGCUCCAGAAGGAGACUAGCACGAAGAGUGGCUCUCGCCGCAAGUCUGCCUUCGCCGAAGAAGAAGAAGGCUAUAUGUUUGUUGAAGAGGGAUUCCGUAUCCGCUUUGGUAAUGGUGAAGUGAUUGACUUCUACGCGGAUAGCCCCGCUGAUAAGGAGGGCUGGCUUCGAGUGAUGUCUGAGGCAGUUGGAAAGGGCUCUACCUCCGGCAAUGGUGCACUGAAGCCUUGGGCUGACCUUGUGCUUAAGCGCGAGCGGAGCAUGAAAAUCAGCAAUGAGACUGCUCCUCGCCGUCCACCGAGUGGAAUCCCCACAGCACCUGCCAGGGUCCCAUCCCCUGUUCGGAGCCGAAAUAGUGCAAUGGUGGGACCACCUCCAUCCUCUGCGGGAUCUGGGGCGCCGGCGCCUCACUCCCCACGACCUCGACACAAGCACACCUACUCACAGCCCGAGAUGGGUAGUGUCGAGGCGCGUCGACAGAAAACCCGCUCUCUCAUGUUUUAG